AUUAUCGACUUCAUUUUGUAUACAUUUUACUCAUUUUACUCAAACAAUAAAAUAAUAUAAAGGCUCAAAAAAAUACAAAAAUAUUGUAAAUUUUAUUUUCUUGUAAAGUGAAAAACAAUAAAUAAAACUGAAACAAUAAUUAUUUUUAAUCUGAAGCAAAAUGGAUUUGCAUUCAGUUGUUAAUAAUCAUUGGCUGGUGUCUUGGCCGUCAAUAAUGACAACACAGCCUUUAGCAUUAUUAAUUCCUAUUGCUUUUACAGUAUGCGGCUUAAUUUUUACUAUAAUAAAUACUAAAUAUCGCAACGACACGGUAAAGAAUGAAGAUCUUGAGGUUCCUAUAAUUCAAAAUAACACACAAUAUGUCGUUAUCCGAAAUAAACGACUUCGAAUUGUACACAUCAUUAAUGAACUUGGAGCAAAAGUUCCAUUAGUCGUGUUUAUUCACGGACUUGGUGGACAGGCGACACAAUGGGAGAAUCAAAUCGAAUAUUUUUCAUCAACUGCUAAUAUUUUAGCUGUUGAUUUAUUAGGCUGUGGAAAGAGUGAAGUAACAAACAGAUCGGAAGAUUAUACCACUGAAUCUUUGGUGGAUGAUCUUGAAGAUCUAUUGAAGCGAUAUCCAAGUGAAAAUACUGUAUUGAUAUGCCACUCUUAUGGAUGUUGUCUUGGUACAAAAUUGUAUCAUCGCGUAAAGCAUACCAUAAAAGCUCUUACGCUUAUCUCAGUUAAAGCCAAUGUAACCGAGAAUGAAAUGACAGAAACGCAAAAAAUUCUUUCGUAUCCUAAUAUUCUAUUCGAUAUGUUUCGAUAUUAUGAUCGUUUUGGUGGAAUUUACUCUACAAGUGUGGAUCGAGUUUUACAUAAAGAUGCAAAUAAUGAAGUGAGGUCGAAACAAUUAAAAUGGAAUAAACAAUCAAAGACGAUUGUAUGGAAAUAUAUGUUGUCUGGGAUUAACUGGUUUAACCAAGCUGAUAUAAGCUCAAUUGAGUGUCCAAUAUUACUUAUGACUGGACAAGAGGAUAAAAUUACCCCACCAGGUAAUAUGACCAUUAUUCAAGAAUGGUGCAAAUCACAUUCCACUAUUUUUUACAUACCAGAAUCAGGUCAUAAUGCUAUGCUAGAAAAACCUGGUACGGUUAAUCUUAUCAUUAACGAUUUUCUUAUUAAGAAAUGUGGGUUGGAGACUUUGGAUCCCGCAUGGCAAAUCCUUUUCAAGACUAAAGGUGAAAAUAAAUGGUCUAUGAAGAACUUUCAAAAGUGGAAACGGACGCCAAUAAUAUCGGAACGAACUGUCGAUAACACGAAAUUCAGAGCUAUGAAGGUUAUGCGACAAAACGAUGAAGAACAUUGUCCAAAAUCAUUUAUUGCUCGACAUCCGGAUAUAGGAUUUAUUAUUGAUAUAACAAAGGAUCCGCCGCCUUAUCGAACAAGCGAUUUUGAUAAUUCUCAUAUUACAUAUAUCAAACUAAGUACUGUUAGUAAGAUACCACCAUCGCGUGAUGAUAUUCGGAGGUUUAUUCAAGUUACAAAAGAAGCAUGGAAUAAGAAGCCGGAUAAGCAGAUUGCAGUACAUUGUCAUUACGGGUUUAAUCGAACAGGAUUUAUGAUUUGUUGUUAUUUAAUAGAAGAGUUACAUUGUUCUGUAUCUGACGCACUUCGGUGGUUCGAAGAAGCAAGGCCAGCAGGAAUCAAACACCGACAUUUCAGAGAUGAACUUUAUUUACGAUAUGAAGUUCAAAACAAUAGUAACUUAUAUCAUUCCGAAUAUUCGAAUUCUGAAUAACAUUUUAAUUACUUCAGAGGUUUGAAUUAAAUAGGUUUAAUAUUUUUCUUUUAUACUUAUUUAUAAUUAUAUAGAUAAAUUGCAUUAUUUUAAUUUAUAAUUACAAUAUUUACCGUU